AUGAAUGAGCACAGCGAUGAUGUAUAUGUACGUGCGAGGCUGCGCAACCAGUUUGGUUAUAUGACAUGGGUACCAGAAUAUGUCGAAGACAGAAUCAGUAGCAAGAAAGGCAUACUGCAACGAUACGAGGACUACCAGCAGAAGCAAGCUAAGGCGCAGGAGGUGAAGACAGACAGCUUGGUAAAGUACGAGGGCGCAAAGGACGUCCCUCGCAAUCUGCUGCGCAUCUACCGGGGCGAGGCGGAUACGUCUGCGCUUGCGCGCUACGAGGAAGUGGUGUCACAGAAGCCGCAAUGGCAUGCGCCCUGGAAACUGACACGAGUGAUCAACGGGCACACAGGCUGGGUUCGCUGCGUGUGUGUCGACCCUGUCGACAACGCGUGGUUUGCCACGGGGAGCAACGACUCCACCAUCCGGGUGUGGGACCUGGCCACUGGCAAGCUCAAGGUGACGCUGCAGGGCCACAUCAUGACGGUCCGGGAUAUAUGCAUCUCCGCGCGACACCCGUAUAUGUUUUCUGCGAGCCAGGAUAAGUUGGUGAAGUGCUGGGACCUGGAGAGGAACACCGUGGUCCGCGACUUCCAUGGCACGCUCUCUGGCGUCCACUCAGUCGACCUGCAUCCAUCGCUCGACCUUAUAGUAUCUGCUGGCCGGGACUCAGUUGUGCGGGUGUGGGAUAUCCGGAGCCGGAGCUGCGUCCUGACGCUUGCGGGCCACCGCGGCCCCAUCAACAAGGUGCGCUGUCUGCCCGUGGACCCCCAGAUCGUCAGCUGCUCCACGGACGCGACCGUGAAGCUCUGGGACCUGGUGGCCGGCAAACCAAUGAAGACCCUAACCCACCACAAACGCAAUGUGCGCGACCUCGCGUUCAACCCAACCGAAUUUUCCUUUGCGUCCGCCUGCACCGACGACAUUCGCUCCUGGAAGCUUGUGGAUGGUCAGCUACUCACCAACUUCAACUCUGAGGCGCUCGGGAUAGUGAACACGCUCGCCUGCAACCAGGACGGCGUGCUCUUCGCCGGCGGUGACACCGGCGAGCUCUCGUUCUUCGAUUACAAGACUGGCCAUAAGUUUCAGAAGCUGGAGACUACGGCGAUGCCGGGUUCCCUGGAGAGCGAGAAGGGGGUGCUAGCGAGCACUUUUGACCGCACAGGGCUACGUCUACUAACUUGUGAACGGGAUAAGAGCAUCAAGAUAUGGAAACACAUAGACGGAGCGACCCAAGAUUCCCACCCGGGCCUUCCAUGGAACCCCAGCCUGGUCAGACAGCGGUUCUGA